CCGCGCCUCACCACCCCGGCACUUUAUUCGCUGCUUCCCGCCUCCACCUUCAUUUUUUUUGGCAACCACCGCUCUUGUUUUUCACAGACAGAUUAAAUUGUUUUUUGUUUGGCAUGAGGGGGUGUUUGGAUUGGCCGAGCUACAUUCCGGUUUGUAACUACACUAAACGUCAGUGCACCAAGAAACUAAGAGCGUCUCAAAGAUGAGAGCCUGAACGAGGCAGGUGACCUUAAAAAGCCACUGAGUUCAAUCCCUUUAUAAAUGAACUCAGAAAAUAAAGAGCCUUUCCCAGUAUUAGCCAUUAAGUUCGUGGCAAGGUUGAGUGUAGAACCGUGGGUUUCUGACUUCUAAACUAAUGCUUCCCUCCACUUUCCAAGGGGAAAAAAAAAUCCUCAUCGCUUAGGUCUCCUAAGCAACAAGUGGAAGGUGGAAAGGCCGGUGUUCCCGAGAAUAAGAAGGACACAUGGAUUUUGGAAAGGGGGUCCGUAGAGGGUUCACUUGUAGUAGCAGCCCUAACAUGGAAUCCCGGUGUUCCCUGCUCCACGUAACAUAACCACAGCCGCAAUGGCCAGUCCCUUUCUCCAACCAGCCUGUGAAGGGUCUGGGGCCCUUCAGCCACCUUCAGCCAGUAUCUGGACCUUCCGUAGGCAACAAUCCCAAUAGAAUCUAGUAGCCAAGGCGAACUCUGUGCCUCUGGCAGGCAGAACCCUGGGCACUUAGGGAGAUGCGAAAGGGCAGGGGGAACAAGGGAAGAUCAGAGAAGGGAGGGGAAGAGUAACAGUUACAAAAGUGAACUAAGAUUUUCAUCCAAAUUCUGAAGAACCAGGAGAUGUGAACACAGACCCUUCUGCAUAGCGCAUGUCACAUUCAGCGCACAUAAGAGUCCCCUGGGAAUGUUACCAUGCAGAUGCCGAUGCAGUAGCCUGGGUGGGGCUCAAGAGUAUUUCUAACAAGCUCCUAGGUGUUGGCGAAGCUGCUGGCCCACGGACCACACUUCAAGUAGCACGGAGUUAGGAAAAACAGGAGUGGGAGGGGAAAGAAUCUAACUCCCUUCCCGCCUGCACAGCUCCCAGACUCGCCUGCCGCCCCGAAGCUGCUCGGCCUCCUUUAUAGCCCGCUUUCCAGUCUCACAAGGUUCUUCUCUCACCUUCUCCGGCGACCCCCUCCCGAAGCUCCCCGGAGGCGCCCGAACUUCUCCCCCCUGCUUCCCGCCCUGCCGGCCGCCCGGCUCUCGCGGGGGCACGAGGAGCUGCCAGGCCGCCUCUCGCUCCUGCUCGGGGCGGCGCUGGCACUGCCCGGCCGACCCUCGGGGGGUCGUCCGCUGAGGCCCGCCCGUCCGGUCGGCAAGCCCAGGGAAGAAGACGCCACCGCUGGGCAGAGCUCGCCCAUGCCGCCGAUGGGAUCAGAGCGGAUGGAGAUGCGGAAGCGGCAGAUGCCCCUCGCCCAGGACGCACCAGGCGCCGCCCCAGGCCAGCCCGGAGCGGGGAGUCGCGGGUCCAACGCAUGCUGCUUCUGCUGGUGCUGCUGUUGUAGCUGCUCAUGUCUCACUGUUAGAAACCAGGAAGAUCAGAGGCCCACAAUAGCUUCCCACGAACUCAGAGCAGACCUUCCAACCUGGGAAGAAAGCCCUGCUCCUACUCUGGAAGAAGUCAACGCCUGGGCUCAGUCAUUCGACAAAUUAAUGGUCACUCCAGCAGGAAGGAAUGCAUUCCGUGAAUUUCUCCGAACAGAAUUCAGUGAAGAAAAUAUGCUCUUCUGGAUGGCCUGUGAGGAACUGAAAAAGGAAGCUAAUAAAAACAUUAUUGAAGAGAAAGCAAGGAUAAUCUAUGAAGACUACAUUUCUAUACUUUCUCCUAAGGAGGUGAGCUUAGACUCCCGGGUGAGAGAAGUCAUCAACAGAAACAUGGUGGAGCCAUCCCAACACAUAUUCGAUGAUGCUCAACUUCAGAUUUACACCCUGAUGCACAGAGACUCAUAUCCUCGAUUCAUGAACUCUGCUGUCUAUAAGGACUUGCUUCAGUCCUUAUCGGAGAAAUCCAUUGAAGCAUAGGAUUUUUCAAAUAUAUUUAUUAUUAAUAAAAUAAUAAAAGAACUCAUGGGCUUCAUCUAGCACAGGGAAUUUAGAGGUUGUAGCAUCUUCUGCUGGGGUAAUACUCAGGCUCUUCUAAUAACAGAUGAUUCCUUCAACAGACUGCUAUAUAUUCACAAUGUAAAUUGCAGCCACCUUUAGUGAUACUUUUGGGAAAAAAAAAGGGAUAUGGCUGUUGUAGAAAGAUAGCGUAUUUGCAUUUACAGUAACAGUAGCAUGUUGUCAGUGGCGAAGGCUACACAGAAGGCUCCUUGCUGCCCGGAGCUGGUACAUCCGCCAGAGCAAAGGGAACCACUUUUGUUUUGCAUGAAUUUGGUAAUUGAUUACUCUCUCCCCAAAGAAAAGACAUUCAGGUGUUUCUCAACGACCUCUUCCAUCCAUCAAGCUCGGUUUGAAUACUUCACUUACCAGUGCCAUUACAGGACCCAAAUUCACAGUUCAUAAAGAUGUGACCACUACAUGUAAAAACAGCAUUCCACUUGAUCUUACAGUAUGUAUGUAUGUAUGGAGAUACAUAUGUGUGUGUGGAUCUCUACAUGGUUAAUGUAAAGCACUGUGCUCUGAAGUGGAUCAGUCUCAAGUGUCUGGUAACAGAAGCAGUGCUUAGAAAAUUCUUUUGUUGAAAACAGUUACUGUUAUUUUAUUAUCAGAAUUUGCCAACCUAAAGAAUGAAUUUUAAAAUUCAUAACUUGGUCAUGUUCACAACAAAACUGUCAAAUAAGCAUAUUUCCAUUUUUAUUACUGAAAGAAACAUGGGCAUUUUCAUUCUUUAAAGAAAUAAAGCACAAGAAUUUUACCUCAA